CAAGAAUUGAGCUUGAUCCGGUGGCCUUGCUUGCAUUGAUAUCCUUCAAUCUUCGUCCCUCGACUCGUGUCUUAUCUAUAUCGUGCAAGCCCGACAACCUACCCCUAUGGACGUGCCUCAGAAGACCAUUGACAAGAUCCAGCGUUUCGCAGUGAAACAGGAGAAAGCCGAAGAGAGUUAUGAUCAACAAAUCAGUCCGGCCACUCUCCAGGCCUAUAAUAAAAAACUGGAUGAGACCCUGAAAAAUCUUCAAGAUCGAGUUAGACGCCAAGAAGAUGAUUUGCGCAAGCUUCGAUCGGUCAAUGCAGUUGACCUUUCUAAGAUCGGCGUGGACCCUUGGUCUCGUGUUUCGCAAGUUAGAAGAGCCAAGAAAGCGUAUGACUCCCUCCUGAAAUCGGAGACGGAGCUCCCAGGUCCUGGGUCCCCUUUGCCAUCUUUACUUGCAGUGGAGGAGAUCUCUCGGCUGGUCAAUGAGAGUAAAGUAUCCGUCACAAUGACAGCAGAUAAGCUUUCGGCCAAUCGCCAGCGCCUGAAAGUUGAAGAGGCAAAUCUGCGUGAUGCCCAAGCCAUCAAGCAUGGACUGCAAAAACGGAUAAGUCGUAUCCGUGAAGAACAAGCCAAGAAAAAACAGAAGUCACCUUCCCAGGUAGCGCAUGAGCUUGUCGAGCAACAGCAAGACAAGAAAGAAGAGCUUGACAAAGCGGCCGAAGACUUAAAGGCUUCUCUACAUAUUUUCAUUGAUGAGACUCUGGCACCCAUGCUCGCCGCAGAAGAACUUGGUGGCCCGACUGUGGGAGACGCAAUGAGCGUUUCUGACGAGACAUUAGAGAGGGGCUAUACAAGUCAUGGUAAACCCAGAAAACCGAAAGCUUCGGUUACAGCGAGCCAUGAUACAAGUCAGCGUCGAAUAGAUGAACUCGUCAGAGGUCACACAUCACAAGGAGACAAUCAAGAACAAAGUCGAUCAACUCGACGAGAGACAGCGGCCAAAGAAAUGCAUGAGUUGCUUGACUCUUUACUUGAUGCAAACUCCUCCUAUAUUGAUCUUCCCCGAGAGUCUGCAGCCUCCAGGUUCCUUGUAAGAGCCAAGGUAGCUCAAUUUCACCCGCGAGACGCCAGACGCUUGAGGUUGAUUGAUUUCGGGCGUUCGUUGAACGAUUGAAUACUUUUACAAUUUGAAGCCUGACGUCUAAUGUAUGAUAAUAUCCAACUCUAUAAAGCUCAGAAUAGCGGAUCGAUGUCUUUGUAGGAAACAAACGCAUUGUAGCUAUAUACGGGUAUGUUGCAAAAAGUCAAGGGAAAGAAAAACAAGAAAGAAC